CCCCCCCCUUUUUUUUUUUUUACAUAGUAGAAAAGUAGAAGCGCUCCCCACUCGCCACACACACCAAGGGCUCAUCAUUCCAGGAACAGCACAACAACAAUAAAUGGGUCCAUUGUCCUUAGGCCGACACUUUUUUCCCCGGUUCCUUUCUCCCUUAAAAACCGAGACCCUUCGUCCUAAAGUUCGUCCUGAAGUUCCUCCUAAUCAACACCGUACCCUUCUUCCUCUUCUAUUCCUCUUUCUGUUUCUUCCUCGCCUCAUUUCUUACCUCUACCUUCCAACGAGAACAACUUUCAACAAAGCACAUCCGCCUGAAUUUUAUAAGAAUCAAUACAGCGAAUUAUGCCUCGUUUGCUCCUUGGUGUAUGCGCCAAUCUGGCACUGCAUCUUGUAGGGCUGUUCCAUGUCUCAGCCCGCACAUUUAAUCCCCAGGCAGACAACAACCUGGUCAACUACUGGGGUCAAAACUCCUACGGUGCCACUGGAGGAGACGUACAAUUAUGGCAAAAGCCCAUAGGAGAAUACUGCCAAUCUCAAGAGGCCGAAGAUGUAAUUGUUGUCGCCUUCUUGCACGUAUUCAACAUCGUGUCCAAAAAACCCCCCCGCAUGGAUUUCGCAAACCAGUGCGCGCCGACCUCUAUAUACCCCGGUACCUCCCUGAUGCACUGCCCAAGAACUGGCGCUGGCAUAAAAUUGUGCCAGUCAGAAGGCAAGGUCAUUCUUCUGUCUCUCGGAGGGGCAGCAGGUGCUUAUGGAUUCGCAAAUGAUGCUGAGGCUAGAGAGUUUGCGCACACGAUCUGGAACCUCUUUUUGGGUGGGUCUGCACCGAACAGACCGCUGGAUGAUGCCAUUCUCGACGGCGUAGACCUAGACAUCGAGGGAGGUUCACCCGUUGGCUAUCCAGCUUUCAUUGCAGAGAUACGCUCCUUGUUCGCAACUGACUUACGAAAGCAAUAUUACAUCUCGGCUGCCCCACAAUGCCCCUUUCCAGACGCGUACCUGGGUGCAACUCUACAAAGCGCAUGGAUAGACAUGGUCUUUGUCCAGUUUUACAACAACGUUUGUGGAGCUCAAGAGUUUGGCACCUCCAGCUUCAACUAUGAACAGUGGGAUAACUGGGCAAAGACGACGUCCGUCAACAAGAAUGUCCGAAUUUACUUCGGUGUUCCUGCAAGUCAGGGCGCAGCCAACGCUGGCUAUGUCACGCAUGAGCGGCUUUCCGAGAUUGUUGAUUCUCUUCGCUGCAAAUACAGCUCUUUCGGAGGCGUCAUGCUGUGGGAUGUUUCUCAAGCAUAUGGAAACUUCAAUGCCGCUGGCAUUCAUUACAGUCUCACCGCUGCGCAGGGUCUUAAGCGCCCAAGAAAACUUGUCUGUGGCGAACAGUCAUCCUCCACACAUGUGCCCACACAUGCAGAACACACGCAUGGUUCUCGCAAGGCAGGCCAUACCCUUACACAAAGCGACCAAACCGGUGCACACCCGCCUCUAGGUAUAAUUGGAGUGCCAACGCCACAGUCAUCCCUACGUCCGGAACCACCAUUAAACGCGUCACGGACAAAUCCUCCACGAGACCCGCUCAUGGAAGCGCAGCCGUCGCCACCACCACCAGAGUGCAUUCAGCUGGUACCUGAUGCUCGGACGCACCGCGAGGAAAGCAUCUGUCCAUUCGAGGGAGGGGAAUGUCGACCAUCUACCAUCGACAAAGUCUUUGUAUGCGAUGGCCUCAAAUUCGCAGUAUGCGUUGAUGGGUAUUGGAUACUACGAGAUUGUGCGCCAGAGACGUAUUGCACGCCUCACGGAUGCGAAUUAAUCAAUGGACCCGUCAAGUCUUGUCGUGAGAUGGAGCAAAAGAUGGAAGACGCCAGAACAAUGAGGCAGCGAAUGAGGGAUGUUAUCGACCGUAUGUGGUCCACAUUUGGAGCGUCGAUGGACUCUACUUGGGCAAACUAUCUCGGCCUGGAUCAUGAUGCGCUUCAGCAGCAUCAAUCGGGAGCGCAGGACAAGCCCGGAUCACUGCAAGCGGACAUCCAACAUGUGUUUGAUCGCCCAGGAGCGAUGGAUAAUAUCAAGAACAACACUGAAUCGGAACUUGUCGCCAAAGCAGGAUCCUAUUUGAUAGACUUCGUCAAGCUGAACCCUAGUCCAGAGUUUGUCAACUUUACUCUCGAUCACAAUUUGUCCGAUACAACCAUCUUCAGGACCCAAGUCCGCAUUCGCACAAAUGGCGCCGCCAUUUCGCCCCUCUGGAGAGCGUCUUUUUACCUCAAAUCAGGCCAGAUUGUCCGUAGAUCCUCCAGAGGUACGAUGCGACAGAAUGAAACACAGGUAUUAGUCACAAGCGAUCCAAAUCAAGAGACAGAGCAAAGCAUGGUGAUCCGUUUUGUCAUCGAGGGUAUCAAGGACAUGAAUAUUAGUAAAUGCUCUGAUGGCGGAGAGUGCGAUACUCAAUAUGUCUAUGAAGCAUCCAGUUUGCCCGACCCUGCAUCAGCAAGAUUUGAUACGAUACCAUUCAGUAUUGAAUAGAAUCCAUUUUAUUCGUAAAAUACCUUUUAUCGAAUGCGCUUCUAAUCCGCAUUGUUGAUCAAGGAUGUCACAUGGUAGACCGGCAACAAGGGCCCGCGUCAACUGACUGUUGACUAGAAGCUCAUCCAAUCCAGUCUCGCCGCCAUGAGAUUAAACUGAAACCAUCGAACACUCGGGCCAUGGCCGCAUCCUUACCUAAAGUGGAGUUAUUCUCACGCCUCUACUUUUUUCAUCUGUCCCAAUGCAAACGAUGAGAUCGUUGGGACUGGAUCGUUGGGUUGAAUGCAGGGCUAAUGUACAGUCACCUAACAAAACUAAUUAGCGAAUCACCCAUGCUUUUGCGCAUUUUUUUUCAAAUUACCUAUAUACAACACACCUAAAGAGUUAUGCAGUCGCCAUGAAAUUCUUCAUGUCUAUCGAAGAGCUCUGGGGGAACAUCUUUGGUGAAUAUCAGGGUG